AUGUCAACGGAUAAAAUCAAACCCAACCACGGGGCCUCUGUGCCAGACGUGGUUGCUGUUGGUGAAUCGAGUGUGUCCCAGACAGAAUGGCUUGCGGAACAACAGAUCGACACCAAACAGCGUGUCAAUUUGAAGAAACUGUCACACAUGAGGUAUCAACAUCCUGACCUGGAAGAAAUUCAGGUAUUCAUGCUUGAUUUCGGGAUGGAAAUUGCCAAAAAGACCGAAGACGAGAUAUGGUUCAAAGGAUAUGGAUCUGAUCAGUAUGUAUACUACGCGCGCAAAGGGCCCAAGAAAUUCCUCGGUGGGACUUUCGAGGCCCAGAGCAAGGAGGACUUUGACAGAGCUGCAAGCCUCCCCACAGCCAGUGCAGUGCAAGAAAUGACCCACGCGCCUGGUGGUGGAUGUUUGGUGACCCUCAUGGAUCCAGAAGGAUUUCCAGUGAAUGUCGUCUUCGGCCAGGAGCCAGUUACUGUCGAGGUUUCCCACCCCGGAAAGCUCACCCUGAAUUAUCCGGGCGAGAAGCCGAGACGACGUGAAUUCAACCGGUUCGAACCCGGACCCGCAGCUGUUCAUAAGCUGGGGCAUUUCGGGUACACGACACAGCAACUUCAGCCGCAGCUGAAAUUCUAUACAUCAACAUUUAACAUCGUUCCAACUGAUCUGCUAUAUGUUGAUAUAGAAGGUCAGAAAGUUCUCGUGACUAUGUUCGCCCACCUUGACCUUGGAGAGACUCAUGUUGAUCAUCAUUCGUUCUUCAUGGGCUCCAAUCCCAAGCACGCUCAUGUUCACCACUGCUCAUUUGAAGUAAAAGACUAUGAUACCCAGCAGCUGGGUCAUCAAUGGCUUGCGAAGAAAGGCUACGAGUCGGUGUGGGGAGUUGGCCGGCACAUUCUGGGCUCUCAGAUCUUCGACUAUUGGUGGGAUACCACGGGAAAUAUGGUCGAGCACUAUGCCGAUGGCGACUUGGUGAACAAAGACACGCCUAUUGGACAAAUUCAAGCUGGGAGUGAAUCUCUAGCUAUAUGGGGUCCAGAAGUCCCUACUUCAUUCAUGGAGUAA